AUGUGUAUACAAGGAACGCGAGUGUUGAAAUACUGCGAGCACCUGCACGGAAAAUGGUACUUCAGCGAGAUUCGAGCGAUCUUCUCGCGGCGAUACCUGUUGCAGAACGUCGCAAUCGAAAUGUUCCUGGCCAGCAGAACAUCCAUAUUCUUCGCGUUCCCCGACCAGGCUACAGUGAAAAAGGUGAUCAAGGCUUUGCCCAGAGUGGGUGUCGGCAUCAAGUAUGGCAUUCCACAAUCCAGGUUAGUGAUUACUAAUUUAUUAAAGACAUAUGAAAUGAUGCGUUUUAGGAGCUGA